AAAGAAAAUCCUUUAGUCAAAGCCCAUUUUACGAUCAUUUAAUAACAAACAAAAAAUAUAAUACAAUAAUAUUAAUAAAAACCACACAACACAGUAUUUGUCUAUUUGAUAAUCCCAAGAGCUGAGAGCAUCAUCAAUUCAUCAUCCUCAGCCACCACACCACACCACAUCACUUUCCAUUUUCAACCCACCACCACCACCACUCACCAUGACCGAUACCACCAAGCCCUCAGACACCACCACAGAUUUACAAAUAGUCGCCGCAGAAAAACAAGAAACUGGAAACAAAAAACAACAACAAUUAGCAGUCAAACGAAGCUCAAACAAAGACCGGCACACCAAAGUUGAAGGCCGAGGUAGAAGAAUAAGGAUGCCCGCACUUUGCGCCGCCAGAAUCUUCCAACUCACUAGAGAAUUAGGUCACAAAUCUGACGGUGAAACCAUCCAAUGGUUGUUGCAGCAGGCGGAACCCUCAAUCAUCGCCGCCACAGGGACCGGCACGGUCCCUGCUUCGGCGAUGGGGGCAGCGGGUGCCGCUGCUUCCCACGUGAUUUCAAUUUCUGCUGGAUUGCAACACAAGUUUGAUGAAAACAGUAGGACCAACUGGCCAGGUGGGAAUUUGGGGGUCGGUAGACCCACUAGCCACCUGGCCACACCUGUUGUGGGUAUGACGAGUUUAUGGCCCGCCAUACCCGCAACAGGAUUUGGGUAUCAGUCGUCUUCCACUACUUGCCCAUCUGGUAACAAUUUGGGUAGUGAAAACUCGAAUUAUAUGCAGAAGGUUGCGUUUUCAGGGUUUGACUUACCCGGGUCAAAUUUAGUUCCUAUGAGUUUCUCUUCAAUUUUGGGUAAUCAUAAUAAUCAGGAUCAUCAUCAUCAACAGCAGCUUCCGGGUUUGGAACUCGGGCUUUCGCAAGAUGGUAGUAUGGGGGUUUUGAAUCAACAAGCAUUGAAUCAAAUUUAUCAAAUGGGUCAAGCUAGAAUGCAUCAGCAGCAACAACUGGCUUCAAAGGAUGAUGAUUCUCAUGGUUCAGAGGGCCAAUAGAAGUUUUAGAUGAGUUGUUUCAGAUUGUGAAUUGUGAUGGGAUUGAAACCCUAAUCUUUUAGGGUAAAGAAAAAAACAGGGAUUGUUGGAAGGUGUUUCAGAGGUUCUUGAGUAUCAAAAGAGUUGUAUAUUGCAGUUGCUUUUGCUUUUGCUUUUUGGGGUUUCACAUCUCUAACAACACUUUUAUUUUCAUUAUGUAAAUCAUAUAGGUUUGGUUAUGGUUUAUCACUGUGA